GUCAUAUGGUUUUGGGAAUCCGGAAAUCAGCAGUUGAGUUACCGACCAAGGCUUCGGGUUCAAAGUUUCAACAACUGACUUUUGUGUUUCCUGAAUAUCUUCCAACUUUUUAUGAUUACAUAAUAUCUGGAUAUAAACGGGCGAGGUCUCCAAUAUGAUGCAGGCGUUAAAACGAGUCCGAUACUUUCAGUGCAGGACGAUGACACAAGCAGGUGAGUUUCAUACAAACAAACAGAUAUUUUAAUCACAUAUGUUUAUGAUUAACAAUUAAAGAUGUUUGACAGACAGGGGAGAUGAUUGUGGGAUUAAAAACGAUGCUUUUGAUUUGUGUUGUAAAUAACAAACCAUCAUCAAGAAACAUGUAAACACAUAUGUUGCUGUUUUACUUCAUUGAACUCAGCAAUUAUGGUGUAUAGACCAUUCAGUGCAUGAACAGACAGAUGCAGAGUUUAAGUCAAAAUUAAAGCUCCAGUAAGGUGAUUUUGGUUGGUCAAGAAAUAGACUGAAAUGGUCUUUUAUGCCUCUUCGUGACCUUAAAGGGAUUUUCUGGUGUAAAAUUAAUUUAGGGUCAAACACACCGUAACACUGAGUUAGACACCCUCUCGAGAGAUGAAGGUUGCCAACCGCUUGUUUCUCUAGUUAUACCAAUUUUAGUAACGACCGCACGAUAGCAGUACACAGCGGUGUGAGGAGUCACACACAAACCUCAACUAAACGCCACUCUAUAGCCACAAAUAAUGCUCAGAACAGCAGCUAACUUCAUCAACAGUACAUAUAGGGUCUUUACCAUAACACUAGCCACCAAACAUCUUUCUAACUUUGCCCGGUUUCUUUAGCAAAGAGACUAAACACAACUCACCUACUCUCUUCCAGCAGUCGCUUGUUUGUUGCGAGACCUCAACCAGUCCAUCAUCGACUUAGGCGUGGGACGCAGCUCAAGGAAGAACAUUUAUGAUCAUUUCUUCAUGGAAAUGCAGUCAGACCAAGACGCCAAGGCAGAAGAACUACUGUGUCUGCAGUGCAAAAUGAUUAAUAUGGUGAUAAUUGCUUCAAGGAAAUGAUAAAGUAAUGAUCAUAAAUGUUCUUCCUUGAGCUGCGUCACCCCGCUGUAGUCUGUAAUGGACUGGCCCGAGGUCUCCGUACUUAUCUUAUUAUUAUUAUUAUUAUUAUUAUUAUUAUUAUUAUUAUUAUUAUUAUUAUUACUUGUCCAGAAUGUGUUGUGUGUUGUAGUUUCAGAGCUCUCUGUGCCUGUCCCAUGGGGAGAGAUCAGAGGUCGAGUCUGGGGUCCUGAUAAUGGCCGACCGGUGCUUUGCCUGCAUGGCUGGGCUGACAACUGUGGGACAUUUAACACCCUCAUUCCCCUCCUACCCAAAGGUAAAUAGUUGUUGUGGUUAAGUGAAAGAACCCAUCCAAAACUAAAGACUGUUUUUCUCACUUAGUCAUUUUCCUGCUUUUGUAAGACUGCCCAGUUUACACAGGUGACAUGGUGUACUUUUGCAGAUUUACAGAUUUUUGUUAAACUAUAAUGUUCGCUAUUUUAAAACAGUCAGACACUUUUUUUACACUAUUCGUUCUGUGUCAGUAAAGACAAACAAAAACAAUCUCCCCUUUGAAUCACUGCUUCAUACAUUGUUCCUAUAAUUGUGAAUUUGAGUGUUUUAGUUGAAUGAAGGUAACCCGGUGACACUUGGUCCCUCUCUUUUUCUCAGAAUGCAGAUACGUGGCGGUGGACUUGCCAGGUCACGGUCAGUCAUCACACCGCCAUCCUGGAGUCUUCUACGCUUUUCCCUCCUACGUGAUGGAUGUACGCAGAGUUGUUGAUGGUGCGUUUCAGUUUGAGGAGUGUUUUAACACAGCUUGAGUGCAUCUGUAGUGCAGUUGAAACACAGUAGUGAUUUUUUCCCCCCAACUAUAAACAGUCUUUCCAUUCUUUGGUAUGAUACUUGAGUCGGCUAAUGAUCUGUGAAAUGAACUCCCACAGCUCUGCAGUGGAGCAAAUUCUCCAUUAUAGGCCACAGUAUGGGUGAGUUCAGCUUUACAGCAGAAUGGCAGCAUCUGAAAUGUUUCUUGUGUUAUAUUUAUCUGUACAUUUCUUUCUACAUUUCAGGGGGUAACGUUGCUGGAAUGGUGAGUGAUGGAGUCGUGUCUGACUUUUUCUCCUUGUUACUAUUUUAACUCCAUAAACUGACUCUGGAGGGUCUAUUCAGCUACACUGUGCUUUUACUCUCUGUUGUGUUUACUGCAGUUCAGUGCUCUGUAUCCUGACAUGGUGGACGCUGUCGUUAUGCUGGACUCCUAUGGAUUUUUACCUACAAAUUCGGUACUUCAGUUUUUACCAUGAUCACUAUGGGGCCGUUUACCAAAGUGCAGGGCAACUUAACCAGUCUGUGUCUACAUGAGUUACUGUGGUUUUUUUUUUUGCUGGGGUCUUGUUCUUUGGUUGUAAUUAUAAACUACUAUGCUUAAAAAAUACUGAGCACACGACAAGGUUCAUAUUGACCUCUCUAAAGGUUAUAAGAACACCUCUUGACCAACAUCAGGAACAGUUUAAAAUGAAUAUUGUUUUAUAUUUAAUUUUUGUCUGUUUGGCUCAAAGCUGCAAAGGUCCUUUGGCAUUCAGUCUAAUUUACAAAAGUGUGUUCUUAUAGUCAGGAGACAUCCUGCAUCUACAUGCCUCUACACAUCUAGUAGAGACAGCACUUAAGUGGUUUGUGCUGCAAGAGGAUUUCAAUCAACACCACAAGACCUGCGCAAACUCAUAUCAUAGUUAGACACAGGACGUUUAAGACCUAAAACAAUGAUUUCAGCUAAAUGUUGCAUGAGCUUGAAUAUGUGGGUUAUUUUCAAUGUUGUUUUUUUUUUGUUGACGAUGACGAUAAAAACAACACUGCUGAAUAUAUGUUUAGCGUUUGACUGACAAAAUGCUCGUGAAUUUUGCAACUCUGUUCGUCCUCCACCAGUAACGUUUUCGUCUAGUCUCGUCUCGUCAACGUAAACGCACAUUCAUCAACGUCACAUUUUAGUCAUCUAAGACUUAUGUCUUAGAUGACAUCAACGUCACAUCUUGGUCAUGGAAAAAAAGGGGCGUUGACGAAAUAUUUUCGUCAUCAUCGUCAACGAAAAACAACACUGGUUAUUUUGUUACUAGACUACUGUACAUAAAAUGAGAUAUUACGUAUAUGCUCACCAUUUGGAGCAGCUUUUGCAUAGAUGAGAGACAUUUGAAGAGUGCCUGGUGCAAAGGAGUGGCUCUUGUUAUAUAUUUUGCUCAAGAACUGUUAGUGCACAAAAGUUGGAGAAAUUUUCACAGAUUCAUCUUUACCGAGUCAAUAACUCCUCGGCCGAUCAUUGCUCAAAAGACACAAAUGAAUGACACCUUUAACUCAGUGAGUUACAACAUUUUAAUAUAAGAAUUUUCACAUAAAGAUCCCCUAAAUAAAAUAAUAAACACGUUUUUCCAGGCUUAGAAAUGUGUUGAUACUUACAGGAGUUUACUAACAGUAUGUGUGUGGGGUCAAAAGUAAUUAUGCUAUUCAGGAAAACUCCCGAUCAUUUCGAAGCACAUUUUUCCAUCACCAUAACAUAAAUAUGGAGACAUACAUUAAAAAAAUUCUCCAACCUUUAUUUAUUCAUGUAAUCCCAUCCAAAUGCAGAAUCUCAUUCCCAAGAGGAACCUUAAAGAACAUAAAUCAGAGGACAUCCCAGAGGACCAUUAUUACACAAACAAAAGAAAGUGAAUAAUAAAGAAGAAGCGAAAAAGAGGCUCGGGCUGUUGUGAAUUUAAACUAUGUCCUCUGAUUCUCUCCCCAGAGUUGAUUCAAACAUUAUGACACUAUUAUAAUGUUUCAUGAAGACAUGCUGAACAUAAAUAAUUCCUGUCAGCGGCUUUGAAUUGCUUACCUCAUCAUUUAUUUCUGCCUGUUUUUUUUUUUAUUUGUUUUUCAGGAGGACGUUCCUAAAGCAAUGAGGCAAGGGAUGGACGAGCUGCUUCAAUAUGAAAAAAAGGCAGAAGAGAACAAAGGCAGAGUUUACACUUAUGAAAAGGCAGCAGAGAGGUGUUACACCUUCUUAUCUGUAGGACACCAAACAUUCAUUUACAUGUCCAUUCAGAACUUUGCUUUUUUGUUUACCCUGAUGUAAAAUAAAUCUCUAUAUGCUUCCAGGCUACAAGCUGCAAACCCAGAGCUGUCUGAACAGUCUGUGCACAUACUUUUAGAGAGGGGACUAGUUCAUGUGGAUGGAGGUACACCUUCCUCUUCCUCUUUUUUGUACAGUUGUGUAAAACCCUACUCAUGGCAACAAAGUCCCUCUGAAUGACGAUAAUGAUAAAUUUCCCUCUUACAGGAGUGAUGUUCUCACGAGACUUUCGUAUUAAUCUAGUAAGCUGCACAUAAUUGUCCCUUACUUUUACAAGUUUGUAGCCCACACCAUUUUUAUUUCAUUUCUGUUCGUUUUUACGAUUUUAGAUUUUCAAUUUCCCUAAUUUGGUUUCAGAAAAACAUAGUGCGCAUCACUUGGGAGCAGUGUCUGGAGGUGCAGUCAAAGAUCACAGCCUCUGUUCUACUCAUUCUGUGAGAUAUUUCCACACCUCAUAUUUUCAUUACAUUCAGCAGCACUAGACUGUACAUCUCUAAAAUAACACAUAAUCUUUUUCUUUGUCUUUCUAGAGCCGAGGAAGGCUUUGAGAAAAAAUUUGCUAAACCGGAUCAAAAGGAACUCAUAGCAGCACUUCUCCAGGCCUAUAGAGACAAAAAUGUGAGUGUACUUAAACAGUCUGUUGGUGCAAAGUAGGUACGCUUGCAUUUCUGUGUUUAUUUUUAGAUGUUAAGCCUCUGUGUGUAAUUGUGCCUAGUAGACAGACAGACAGCUGCAAAGAUGCAAAGUAGCAGUGCAGUACGAGCUCAGUGUCUCAAAGGCAGCAGAAAUUUUCCUCGCCGAGAACUUCAGUGUUGACCUACAUACUGAAACUUGGUCAAAUGCUGCAGAUAAGGGAGAAAAAACAGAACAUGCACCAGCUAUGCAUCACUAAUGACAGCAGCUUUGACCUUCAUUCAGCUGGAUAUAGGCGUGUUCAAACCAGCCAUCGUCAAUGUAAAGGGUAAUAUGAAUCGAACAGGGUGAGCAGGACCCUCACAUGAAACCUAGCUAUAUUAAAAAGUUGACAGAAAAUAUUGUUUUAGAGAUAAAACUUUUGAGUUAAAGAACAUUAUUUAUACAGCCAAAUAAAUAGUCCCUCCAUUUCCACAGUCAAGUUAAGAGAUUAGUCUGCUUAUCUGUUAUAAUCCUUAAAAAAUUGAACAUUUCCAUCUACGGUUAUGUUAGACAACAGACUUCUGCAGGAAUUAUGCUGCCAUUUCUCUUCUUAUUCGAUUGUCUUACUACUCUGGGAUUUCCUGUUCACACACCUUUAGUGAGAAAUGACAGGACUUGAACACUUGCCAAUAUCACUAUCACUGUGGUUGAAGUUACUGUGUCCCUACUGGACGUAAAAUUUAUUUAGGAUCAAACACACCGUAACACCGAAUUAGACACCCCCUCGUUCUUCUGCCUUAGCGUCUCGGUCUGAUUGCAUUUCCAUGAAGAAAUGAUUAUAAAUGUUCUUCCUUGAGCUGUGUCACCCCGCAGCAGUCUGUAAUGGACUGGCCCAAGGUCUCGCUACAAACAAGCGGCUGCUGGAAGAGAGUAGGUGAGUUGUGUUUAGUCUCUUUGCUAAAGAAAUUCAGCAAAGUUGAAAAGAUGUUUGGUGGCUAGUACUGUGGCUGGGACCCUAUAUGUACUGUUGAUGAAGUUAGGUGCUGUUCUGAGCAUUAUUUGUGGCGUUUUGGUUGAGGUUUGUUUAUGGCUCCUCAGACCGCUGUGUAUUGCUAUCCCAUAGUCGUUACUGAAGUUGGUAUAACUAGAGAAGCAAGCGGUCGGCAACAUUCACCUCUUGAGGGGGUGUCUAACUCGGUGUUACUGUGUGUUUGACCCUGAAUCAAUUUUACGCCGGAAUAUCCCUUUAACUCUGAGAUGCACAAACCACUUCUGCUGACAUUGCCUGGAUUGCAGGACAGGAUAUUAUUCCACUCCUCUCUGUCUGAGGUGGUUUAGGUCCAGUAGCUCCUCAGGCUGCUCUCACAUUUGAACCUGCUGACUGCGGUUAUUUCUGGCCUCUCAAAACCAGCCUGCGACAAAAACUAAUUUUUUGCCUGAUUGAUUUGAUACAAUAUGUAUGAUCAGGUUGUCCCCCUGGUGUUGCCUUUGUUGUUUAAAAUUAAUUACUAUUGUCAGGAGAUUUUGUCUAUUCAGAAUGAAAUAUGUAACACGGCUGGGUAAUAAAUUUCAGUAUGAAAGAGCGCGUGGUGAUGAAUAGACAUGAAAUUUUAGACUGCAGCUCCUGUCCAGCUCACAACUUAAAUAUUUAAGUUCAGUGACAUUGAUUAUAUAAAACUUUACCAACAACAAAUAGCAAACACAAAUCUAAUAUCUGACCAAAAGUGUGGGCCCAAAAAGUUUUACUUCACCUCUGGCACUUGUGUAACUGUCUGUUUGUUUCUUUCAGAACGCCGUGGUGACAGUACCAGGAGACCACCACGUCCAUCUGAACAACCCUGAAAACGUGGCUCCACUGGUGUCUGACUUCCUUCAGACUAAAGUCUUGUCUCAGUCAGACAGUGUAACAGAUGAAAAGAGCUCUAGGUUAUAAACGAACACAAACAAGAAACAAAUUUGCCUUAAAUCACAACAACAUUAACUUUGACAACUCUUUUAUAACUCUUCAAUGAUGUUGAUGCUCCUCUUAGUGCUUGAACCUCAACAAGUCAGCCUUCAGCAUCAGCUCAUGAUGACUUUGUUGUCUCCUUUAUUAAUUUAAGUAUUAAUAUAGAUGUUUAUGUAUGUCACAGUGACUGUUCUUUUAGUCAGUUUUUAAAUUGUGUGGGAUAGCCUGAAGGGACGGAUUAAAACGGCACCUAUAUUGUGGUUGCAGCUUAGUUUUUAAUCUUCAUUUACUGAUACUGUGAACAAACGGUUUCACAACAAAGUACAUUUAAUUCUGUGAAUUCAUAACGUCUGUGUUGAUGACAAAAACCAGUGCUGGGGUUCCAUGCAAAUACAUGCUAGUAUGUAUUUGUAUUUCUGAAAAUGAUUCACCCAUUUAGACCUAAAGAGAAUGACUGUGUAUCAAAAAGCCACAAGAAGACUGAUAUUUCACAGAUAUUCAUCCUUGUCUUGUCUUGGCGCCUACAUAACAUACAUGUAGUUGAGUUGGACUGUUAAUUGCUGAUUUAGCCUUAACGGACAACAGAGGUCCAUAACCCCUUUACUGCAGUUUUGUUUUCCAAACUUUGAAAUCUUUUCUUAGACAGAAAAACCUGGAGCAGUUUACCAGAUUUUUUUUUGCUAGUGUGUGAAAUAAAAUAUUUUGGUCACA